UCACCCCGAAAAAAAUUAAAAAAUAAAGCCUCGUUCUCAUAAAUCUGUGCGUCUCUCUCUGUCUCUCACUCUCUUUCUUCUUGCUUAAGUCUAUGAGAAAUAUAUAGCCAGCAGCAGAAAUAUCGCGACGCUUGGCACUCUGACUUUUUGACGAGGUUAAUCUUUCUGGGGAAAAUGAUGAGAGCGCUCUCUAUUUUGCUGUUAUCUGCGUUCAUCUUCAACCUCUCCGCAGCAGAAGAAUUAAGCAGCCCACUCCCCCAUGCUGCAAAUAACUUCAAUCUCAGCUAUAUCCAGAAUGAAGCAAGCUGUUCGUAUUCGGUUGUUAUAACCACAAGCUGUUCCUCAAGCAAAUACACAAGGGAUCAGAUUAGUAUUGCUUUCGGGGAUGCUUAUGGAAAUCAGAUAUAUGCACCGAGAUUGGAUGACCCAUCAUCGGGAGCGUUCGAACGGUGUUCUUCAGAUACAUUUGAUAUAUAUGGACCGUGUGCAUACCAAAUAUGCUAUGUAUACCUUUACAGAAGCGGACCCGAUGGCUGGAAACCUGAGAGUGUGAAAAUCUAUGGUGACAAUUCCAGAGCUGUUACAUUUACCUACAACACCUUCAUCCCCAGUGAUGUCUGGUAUGGUUUCAAUCUCUGCAAUGAUGCAUCUUCUUCGUACCAACGCUAUGGUCGUCGUUGGUUCAUGGUGAUGAUUAUGGGGCUGCUUGUUUUUGUUCUACUGUAUGCUUAUUAGUGUUAAGACAGUUUCAUUUUAGGUCACUUUUAGUGGUUAGACUUUGUAUUCUAUCCAUUCCUAUUGUAUCAAGUCAUUACUGAAUCGCAGCCGCUGCUAAUGCAUUAUUUUUAGGAAAGUUAUAGACGAUUUCUUGCAACUUGAUCAGAGUUUUUAACAGAACUCUGAAUCUUUGUAGCAAAAAUAGAACUUUAUUUUGAUGAAUCCCCUAGUGUUAGAACUGUUGUAUCCUCAUCUGUUGGGUUAAAAUCUUGACUGAUUAGUCUGUCUUUUGAUGGUUUCGAAUUUGUUAUAACUUUGUUUGCUACUUCUUAUAAUAAAAAAAAUGUUGGGUGAGGGAAAGAUUUUCUUAA